AUGGCGACUAUCAACCCGGACGACUUGGACACGACCAAUCUUAACGCACAGUCAAAUGCAGAACAUAUACAGGGGAUUUACGACGACAUACAGAAAAUACACGAGGAGAGCUUCAAUUCUAGACUCGGAUUGCCAGCGGUGGCAAGAGUAACUCUCUUCACACUCGGUGGCGCUAUAGUGGGCGGUCUGGGUGGGAUGUUGGGUGGAUGGACCGAUGCGUCAUUGAAAUAUCUUGCUGCCAACUCCCACCGACUACCCACCUCAUACAACGGCUGGUUCUUCUACCACAAGCGUAAGACAUACUACUGCACGAAGAAUGCGAUGGGCCAGGCGUUCCGGACGGGGGCCAAAGUCGGGGGGUUUGUUGGCAUCAUGUUUUCGCUUGAGGCGAUGCUCGACUACGUCCGUGGGCAGGCGGAUUUCGCCAAUACCAUGGUGGCCACCUGCUUGCCCGGCUUCACAUAUGCCUGGUUCGGGAAGAUGUCCAAGGUGCAGGCAAGAGAGCUUAUCCACAAAGGAGGGAAGAUCGGACUGCUGUUGGGGCUUUCGCAAGACGCAUUGCAGUACAUCAGAGGGAUCGACGUGUGGUACUUGAACCAGUGGUUCGGCAUCAAGCCGAUGAAGUUGAGCGAGAGGUUGAGACAGUAUGCUGGAGAAAAGGGGAGCGUGCUUUGA